AUGUCAGCAAAUAAUGUCAAUACAUCAUCAUCUUAUAAUAGUAGCAACCAUAAAAACAAUCCUAGAAGAAAAUUCAAUGAAAAUCAACAAAAGAAAUUUCAAAGAGUUAGAAAUGCUAGAACCAUUAGAACAGAGAUUAUUCAAGAUAUAAGGCAAACUAGAAGACAGAGGAACAACAACGCAAAUGUGUUUAGUGAGGAUGCUGGUGUUUUAAAAUUACCUGAAUUUAUAUCCUCUAGAGAAUUUGAGAUCAAGCAAUUACAAAACGCAAUGCAUAAUUCCAAAAAAAGUUCAUCUACCAGGGUUUUUCAAGAUUUACCACGUAAGUUGCGUAGAAGAACAGCGUCUCACAAUGUGAAAAGAAUUCCUAAAAGAUUAAGGAAAAGAGCACUUAAUGAAAUGAAAAAAAGUUCGCAAAGUAUAACAACAGGUAACACACAUUUGUUAAAGGACAAACCUCAUUAUACCAAGAAACAAUUGUACAAAUUAAAAAUGUCCGUCAAAUUACUGAGAUUAGCUACUAAGUCCAAGCAUAUGAGAUACUCUAUAAAUUAUGAAACCAAAAAUUUUAAAAAAUAUCAAUUAAGAAGAAAAUUUAGAGAUUUAAAAAAGCUUGUUAAUAUGCAUAAAAACCUCAAGGAUGGAAAAAUUACUAGCAUUAAAAACUCUGUGUUUUCUUUUAAAAAUGCCGAAGAAAUUUCAACACCCCAUGCUAACCAACUAGCACCCCUUCCACUGGCAAAAUCUAUUAAAUAUAUGAAAAGACAAAAAAAAUAUGCUUGGUUGCCAACUCAUGUUUGGAAUUCUAAAAGAUCACACAUGAUUAAAGUAUGGGGGAAAAAUAUAGCAUACACUCCAACGCAAAAAUGCUUUAGAUUAACUCACAGGCUUGGCAAUGCCAACAGUUGUUUAAGUGAUGGAUGUUUAAUGGAAGAUUCUUGUUACAGGGGCAAAAUGGUUGUAUCUUCGAACAAUUGUACUGAAUCUAACUUACCAAAGCUUUUAUCCCAAAUUAUUAAAAACAAAAACAAAAUUGUUAUUGAUGGGAAAGUACUGGGUCCUGUGGAUCUAUAUUGGAUAGAAAAACCUUCCAAACUGCUUUUGAUUUUGCAUCCUUCUAUUUAUGCAACGGUUUUCAAUUACAUUGCUAGCAAAUUUACAGAAUACUUGUGCGUUACAGACUUCCAGUAUAAUAUUGGUAGUAUUGAUUUAUUUGGGGCCACUGUAUUACAGACACUUGCCAAAGUUCUUAGAAGAGAAUUUGACAUUGUCAAUAUCGAACAUAGAAGUAGCAGUCUUAAUGAUGACUACCAACUUUUCAUGCAGUUAGCAAGUAACGUCAGAGAUAUCAAUGCUUUACCUAUUAGCAAAGAUUUUAACUUGGGCUUUAUUGUCAAAGAUCCGAGGUCUUUGAAGAGACCACAGUUACCUAAAGAUUUUAACAACAAAGUUUUUAAUUUUGAUGAAGUUAUACAGCUGUUAGAAAAUCGUGAUAGUAACAGCGAUGUAUGGAAGAACUUAUUUACUAUGGAGGGGAAACAUCAUACUGAUAUUUUACGCUUUCCCUCAAAAAGUACAACCAAAGGCUCUGAAUCUACGCAAAGUGGUAACACAGAUAACUCUAACUCCGCUGUAUCCAUUCCACUGAUUAUAACCAAAACCACUCUGGGCUGGAGAGUUUUAUUACCUUACCACUGGGUUCUCCCAUUAUGGAAUAAACUGAAUAAAGUCCCAAGAACUUACCAUAUUGGGUUGAAACAAGAACAACAGCUACAUUAUGAACAAAACAAACUAUAUUUCCCACAUGACUGGCCGUUUACUCCGAUGGGUUAUCAAUUAAAUUGCAAUGAAGCUGCCGCCAAGAAAGAAGUGUGGGAAAGGAAACCUUUUUCAAAAAAAAUAAAUUAUCAAAAAAUAGAUUCAAUACAUGAAGAAGAAUUGCCUUAUUGUGGAGAGAUUGGAGAUUGGUUUUGUUGUGAUUGGAAAUUGUUACAAUUUUUGCACAAUGGCAUAAAUUAUUAUCUGAGCAGCAAUAACUGUUCUGGAAAUAAUAAUGCUCUCACUGCAAUUGACAUACCUAUUGUGAAUGCUGCAAAAACUACGCAGUUUGAUAAUCAGAAUAUUAGGAAUAUAACUUGUAUUGUCGAUAUCUUUGAAUUAUACAAAGAAACCCAUACCGCUGUAGAUGUACCAAUAGAGCUAUUUAAUGUUAAAAAUGGCACCGAAAAUAAUCUUAACUUACUACAGAAACAUGAUAUUGUAACUAAGAGGUUACCGAUCAUACCAAUUAAAUUUGAAGCAAUCGAUAGAGGACAUCCAUUGGACAAUGCAAGGAUAUAUGCUAUAUCUAGGUCCAAAUGGGAGGAUUAUUGGCAAUUAAUAGUUAGUAAAAGCUUGAAAACACCAAGCGGGAAAACUGACCAUGAAAGUUAUAAAGAAAUGCUAUCUAGUAAAUAUUUACCGAAGAUUCAAGAUUUAGUAGGAUUUGUUACUUGUGGUACGUUUAAUUUGAGUAGUGGUAAAGGUACAUGCAUUGGCAUGGUUGUCCCCCAAGAAUUAUUGAAAUAUGAUUAUUCGAGUAGUCAUUAUUUGAUUAGAAAUACAGGUACAAAUUCGUACAGGAUAUUCAAAUCAAGUCCAAUUAAAAUAUAG